AUGAAGCGACCGAUAGGAUUAUGGACGAAAGUUGCCGGAGAUCCGGUUGAGAUUCGAGACACACUGACUAUCAACUCCGAUCAAUUUAAUAAUCAAUGGCUUAUUGAUACUUUUUCGACGUUUGAUGGUGAAAGAAUACCGGAACGUGUGGUACACGCCAAGGGUACAGGAGCCUUCGGCUACUUCGAAGUCACGCACGAUGUCUCCAAGUAUACAUACGCUGAUGUGUUCAAUGGAAUAGGAAAGAAAACACCAUUGGUCGUCAGGCUGUCAUCUGCAUUACAAGGUUUUGGUGGAUCUGAUCUCGGCAGAGAACUGAGAGGCAUGUCCAUUAAGUUCUACACGAAAGAGGGUAACUUAGAUAUUUUAUGUCUCUCGAUACCUGUUUACCUCUACAGAGACCCGAUGUUCUUUUUAAACCUGGUACAUGCUUUUAAGAGAAAUCCUCAGACCCAAAUGUUCGAUUUCACGGCACAGUGGGAUUUAAUGACGCUGAGACCCGUAAUCAACCAUAAUCUCUUCUGGACGUUCGCUGAUUAUGGUAUACCAGAUGGCUACAGGCGGAUGGAUGCUUUCCCCAUUCACACUUAUGAACUUUCAAAUAAGCAUGGGGAGACACAUUAUGUGCGAUUCAACUUUAGAACAGAGCAAGGUAUCGCAACACUCACAACUGCUCAAGCGGCCGCUAUUCAAGCUACAGAUCCGGAUUACUUUAACAGAGAUUUAUACAACGCCAUAGAUGCAGGAAACUUCCCUGCUUGGAGACUAGAACUUGACGUAAUGACUCCGCAUGAUAUACAAAAACUGGAUUACGAUCCGUUUGAUGUUACCAGACUCUGGAAGAAUGGCACAUUCUUCACUGUGCCCGUUGGUCGACUGGUACUAAACAAAAACGUUGAAAAUCAGUUCAGAGACGUUGAACAAGGAGCGUUUAAUCCCGGUCAUUUAGUACCUGGUAUUCCUGGUCCAGUUGACUUUUUGUUCCGCGGUAGAAGAGCAUUCUAUAGGGACACUCAAAAUUACCGUCUGGGAAGAAACCACAACAACAUUUUAGUGAACAUGCCAUUGUACGAGAAGACGUAUGUACGAGAUGGAAGACCACCAACUCACUUUAACAUGAAGAACGCUCCCAACUAUUAUCCUAAUUCAUUCAAUGGACCAGUUCCAUAUGUGGAUGAAAGGAGACCAAAGAAGAAGUUACAAGUAUUAGAAAACAAUGCUAUUGAUUUGGAACCAUUGUGGUAUUUCUACAACUUUAUUCUAGAAGAUGAAGCCCACAGGCAGAGGUUUAUAGAUAAUAUUGUCAUGUCACUUGUGCCUGUGACACCACCGGUGGUACAGAGAGCUAUAAAACUUUUACAUUUGGUUGAUCAAGAUUUAGGGAAUCGUGUGAGGGUUGGUUAUCAAAUAGCGUUAGCACAAGCAAUGGCUGAGCAAGCGGCGGCCCAGGCUACUCCUCCGCCAAUGACACCUCUCAGAAAUGUCCCAACAGCUGAAGCACCUCCCGAACAUGACUACCCGAAAAGUAUUUACAAAUUAAGUAUUCAUUAA